AUUCAACCACUUUGAUUUGUUUAGCGGCCCAAUUACGCCUUUCUGGCGAUAUAUUACUUGUUGUGAUGGCUUCCUCUACGGUGGUUGAGUACGAGUUUGGUGGACCCCUAGGAGCCACUGCCAUCACCAUUGGCCUACCUCUACUCCUGACUUUCUUUGCCUUCGGCUGUAAUGAUGUGUCGGGCUGUCCUGUACCUUCGCUGUUGAGCCCUCGCACUUUCACUUGGGAGAAAUGGGCUGCGGAGACCGGGUGGCCUGAAGGUGGAAUUUGCGCACUCUUCGACUGGAAAGUGACCGUUGCAGUGCUGGCAUACUAUGUCAUUGUUUUACUCCUCUGGAGACUUCUCCCGGCGCAGAAGGUUCAUGGCACUAAACUGGUCCAUCACGGUCGUCCCCUCGAGUACCGCAUGAAUGCAUUCUCGACCAGCAUUGCUGUUUUCGCUGCUUGCGCAAUCGGCACAUACUUGCAAGGCGCCGAAUUUCCCGUGUGGACGUAUAUCGUGGAUCACUAUCUACAAAUCUUGACGGCCAAUGUGUUGAUAUCAUUUACCCUCGCCACCUACCUCUAUAUCAGCAGCUUCAGCGUGGACACCAAUUACCCCAAUGAGGAUCUUCGCGAACUAGCGGCCGGUGGGAGGACAGGAAAUAUCAUCUACGAUUUCUACAUUGGCCGGGAGUUGAACCCCCGCGUCACUCUUCCACUCUUUGGGGAGAUCGACAUUAAGACUUGGUGCGAGAUGUAUCCUGGCUUGACUGGUUGGAUACUGCUUGAUCUUGCCUUUGUCGCCAAGCAAUAUCGCAAUUUUGGCUAUGUCUCCGACAGCAUUCUAUUAAUCACCUUCUUUCAGGGGUUCUACGUGCUCAACAGCCAUUAUAAUGAGUUAGGGCUUCUGACUAUGAUGGAUAUCACCACUGAUGGCAUGGGGUUUAUGCUCUCCUUUGGCGAUCUCGUCUGGGUGCCCUUCCUAUAUUCAACACAAUGUCGUUAUUUGUCUGUCUAUCCGCUGCAGCUGGGGUGGUUGAACAUCGCAGCUGUGAGCGCCGUCUUUGCCCUGGGACUGUAUAUUUUCCGGGCCGCCAACGAUCAGAAGCACAAGUUCCGCACGCACCCCAACGAUCCGAGUGUGGCAGGCCUGUCGUACAUUCAAACCAAGCGGGGAACUAGACUACUCACAGCUGGAUGGUGGGGAAUGUCACGCCACAUCAACUACUUUGGGGAUUGGCUACAAGCAUUGCCCUUCAGUCUGCCCACGGGCAUGGCAGGGUAUCUCAUCUACCCGGCAGGGAGCAUUGUGGCGGCCUCUCAGAGCUUCCAGAUGAUAGACGGGCGCAAGGUCGUUCAAGGCGAAGCCCAAGGCUGGGGAAUAAUCUUCACCUAUUUCUACGUGCUGUACUUUGCAAUCUUGUUGAUGCACCGGGAACGUAGAGACGAUGCUAUGUCGCCGAAACACACAUUCCGCCGCGGAUUCACCAUGAAGAUGGCGGACUUCGUCUGUCCUUCCGACACAUUCCAGGCAUGCCCUCCACAUCUACGAACCACCUUCUCUCAGGAGGACCGAUUCAGAUUUACGCCUGUCAAAGCUACCAGAGCCGUCCCCCGUCCCUGGGAACGCAAACCAUCAACCGCAUUCCGCGCCCGCGGCAAGUCGCGUAAGGUCUGGAAGCGCUUUCGCACUUCGUUUAACAGCAUGAAAGCUCUGCAGCAAUUGAUUGCGGCAGAGCGUCAUACCGUCGACGACGACCUACAUUUGGAGAUCAACACUUCACGGAACCCCGGCCUCCGCCGCGGUGUCAAGCGCAGGUGUUUCGCUCUGGAAGCGGACACCUUGGAGGAUAGUGUGCGCGGGCGCUCGUUCUUGGAAACACAGUGGGAGUCCGAGGUUAAUGGACGGCGACGCAAACUUCCCCUAAUCUACAGUGACUUUGUCGACAUCCCCGAUGAGCCGGUUGAAAACGACAGCCUACAACCAGAAGAGUCGUGUGACGAUGUGAAGGACGACCAGGAAGUGCCCACGUCGACGUUGGAGGAAGAGCUCGCGGAGAACCCUGCCGAUAUGGACGAAUCCCCCAGUCUGAUCCCGGAGACCCCCACUAAAUUGGCGUCCGACGCAGCCUAUAGCCGCUCGCUACAUGGCCUGUCGCCGCUAGUGGUUGGUGGCAUGGUGUUCGGCACUCCAGACUUAAAAACCCGCGAGGACGUCGAACAGCCGACUGUGCAUCUGUCCGACGCAAUUGAAGACGAACCUACGACUCCGCAGGAUGAUGGCCAUGAUGAAGACACGGUUUCUACGAUGAUCGGUGAAGAGCACACCGACGAAGAGCCGACUGUGCCUGUCGACGUAGAAACCUUAGAGGAUCCGGCCGCGGCUACGGUCCCUGCACCUGUGCAGGAAUUAACGAGUGCGCAGGAGUCAACGCUCGUUCGGUCGGCACUCCGAAGCUCAUUGGACGGAGAAGAUACUGAGUUGCUCAACAACUUCUUGUCCAAGGCCAAAGCUAAGCGCGAGGCCAAAGCCGCUAUGGUCGCUCAGGAGCAGGAGCAGGAGACCGAAAAGACUGAGCCUGAACCGGAGGUGCCGGUUAUUGUUGCGUCUCCCACACCGGCGCGCCGCGCGUUGGAGGACCUUGAUACCAACUCGCCCUCACCGCAGAAGCCUCAGCUGUCGCCUACAAAGGAGAAAGAUGAGACCAGUCCGCAGCCAUCUAGUCCUCGACGCAGCACUCGACCUCGCACCGUUCGCUCUUCCAACCUGUUGACGACCAUUACUGCUGCGGCUGCAGUACGCAACACACUGUCACUCCGCCGUGCCAAGGGCACAGAAUUCGUCUUCUUGCAGCGCACCGAGGCCCAGGAGCUGGCCCUUACGACGCGGCGAAACACGCGACUGAAUAAGGGCAAUGCACAGGCACCGAAGUUCGUUUUGCAGGGUCUCACACGCAAGUCGCCAGCAUCUGGGAAGAAGGCCGACACCGCCCCUUGCACAGAUAGCGAGACGACGGGAGACAUCUCGGAGCGACCACACAAAACGGCAAAGAAGCAUGUGUCGUGGAACGACGAGGAACUGGUGCAGUUCGACGACGGGUCAGAAGCAGCAAAGGGCGACGAGCAUGACGUUGCGAGCCGCGGAAGCAAGGGCAAAAGCCCCGAGAAAAGAAAGGCAGCCAGUAGCCGAACAACGCGGUCUAAAGUGGCGCAGAAGAGUGGUGGGGAGGAUCGCGCCGAUGCAGCGGCUACUGCACCCGCUACUGCAACGCCUCGGACGCGGCGCGUGCGCCGGCUGGGUCCCGGAGCACCCAAAGCCGACUCGACGGCUGCAACAGCCGUCAGCAAUGUUUCCCUGUCCUCUCCGUCGUCGCCCAGCAGCGACAACAGCGCGAGCACGGCCGAGCAGCGCAAGAAGCUAACCCCCAAGUCGCCGAGGCGGGUCCCGGCGACGCCGUCGAAGCCUGCAAGCGACAGCAUCAAGACAUCACUCCGCAGCAGUAGCGCGAAGACCAACCUGCUGAAGAUCAACGCUGGGUCGACGCCAGUGCCUCGGAAGAUGCGUCCGCGCGCGUGAAUAUGAUAAUGUUGAUAUCCUCGUUUGCUUUCUCGUUUAUUUGGCGUUUCGGGAUAGUGUACAUACGGGGGAACCGAUAGGGAAGGCGUUUGGUCUGAUGGCAGUUGCAGAAUCGAAU